AUGAAACUGGCAAAUCAUGAGAAAUCUGGCAACCUGAUAGAGAGUGAAAGUGAUAAACGAGAUUUCAGGAUGACAGGGGACGUAAGGAAGAGGACGUACAAAGAUACGACGGGACCAAAUGGCCACAAAGAUUCGACAGAACAACACGGUCAUCCUAAAUACUGGGACCCACUAACUGAUGGUGUAAAAUGGAUUGAGAGAUACGCAGAACCCUUAGAAAAAUUCUUUAAACGGCUACCAGAGUUCAUAAGUACAUUUAUUGCUACGCUAGCUGUUUUUACUUUCGGAGCUACUUUACGAGGAGAAUGGGUUGUCAUUCUGGUUUCGGCGCUGAAACAAAUAACGGGACACACGCAGAGCGGCCGUAACAUGUCUACGGAGGAGAUUUUCAACAUGUUAACGUCGAGAAACCUGAAAAUGGAGUACUUUAGCGUGAUAUUUAUUUGGGCUCACGUCGUGUCCUUUGGGGUUUAUUUUGCGAUUGGAGGAUUCUUGCAUUGGUAUUUCUACAUGAGAAGGAGACAUUUAGCCCACGAGUGGAAGAUCCAGCCGGACAAAUGGCUAUCACCGGAACUGGAACGGCACGAGAUAAUGGUCGGCACAUUGUCUCUUUUAAUAGUUGGCAGUUUCUCCGCUUUCCUGGCGUGCUACAUUUACAACGGGAACCCAUCGACCGUCUAUUAUCAGUUCGAUGAGUACGGAUGGGCUUGGUUCUUCUUGCAGUUUCCAGUCAUAUUCAUCUAUAUGGACUAUACUACGUACAUACUGCACCGUUUGUACCACACCCCGUGGCUGUACAAGCACUUCCACAAACUCCACCACAAAUACAAGCAGCCCACCGCCUUCUCCGUGACCGCCAUCCAUCCCGUCGAGAUCAUGCAUGUCCAGCUUACGUCCUGCCUGCCUCUCUUCACCAUUCCUGUACACUGGAUGCCUUUCUACAUGGUCGCCCUUUACAACUACUACCACGGCAUCAUCGACCACUCUGGGAUAAAUUUUAAAGGGCAGUGGUGGCAGCCAUGGCAGCCGGAUGCCGAGUUUCACGAUCAGCACCACCAGUUUUUCCAUUGCAAUUUCGGUUUUAACAUGUCUUUCUGGGACAAGUUGCACGGAACAAUGAGGAAGACUAAUCACGUGUACACUGAAGACACUUUCCACGGGAAGUCGCUACCCGCCGGUUCGCCAGAAGCAAAGGCCGUUAUCGAAAACGAUCCCGAGCUAAAAAGCCAAAUAGAAAACAGUAAAACAAUCCUUAACUCUGGC